AUGCUCCCCCCGGGCUGCUUCGAGGGCAAGGUCGCGCUGGUGACGGGCGGCGGCACGGGGCUGGGCCGGGGCAUGGCGACCAUGCUCAGCCACCUCGGCGCGACCGUCGCCAUCGCGUCGCGGCGGCUCGACGUGCUCGAGGCCACGGCGGCCGAAAUCGAGGCGGAGACGGGCAACCGGGUCUUCCCCGCCGCCAUGGACGUGCGCGACGGCGCGGCCGUCGUACGGGCGCUCGACGCGGUCGAGGCGAACGUCGGCGUGCCCGGCGUCGUCGUCAACAACGCCGCGGGCAACUUCAUCGCGCCCAGUGACCGCCUGUCGCCGAACGCGUUCUUCACGAUCGUCGACACGGUGCUCUGCGGCUCGGCCUACGUGACCCUCGACGUCGCGCGGCGCCUCCGCGACGCGAAGCGCGGCGGCGUCUUCUGCUACACGACGACGACCUACGCGUCCACGGGCUCGGGCUACGUGCUGCCGUCGGCCUGCGCCAAGGCGGGCAUCGAGUGCAUGAUCAAGUCGCUCGGCGCGGAGUGGGGCCGCGACGGCAUGCGCUUCGUCGGCAUCGCGCCCGGGCCCAUCCCGACGAAGGGCGCGUUCUCGCGCCUCGACCCGACGGGCCAGUUCGAGAAGGCCAUGCUCGACAUGAUCCCGGCGAACCGCGCGGGCGUCGUCGACGAGAUCGCGAACCUGACCGCGUUCCUCUGCAGCGAGUACGCGUCCUGGAUCUCCGGCGAGAUCGUCACGCUCGACGGCGGCGAGACCGUCUCCAACGCGGGCGAGUUCAACCAGCUCCGCCAGGUGACGAACGACCAGUGGGACAUGAUGGAGGCCAUGAUCAGGGACACGAACAAGAAGGGGUCCUAG